GUUGGUCGCAAUCAUUGUUUCUCUGCAGCAUUAACCACAUUCCUGAGGGGCGCAGCGCAUCCUGUCUCCAUCCCCGCAUUCCUUUGACGCGAACAAGUCCCCUGUGGAAAACGGCAUUUUAUUUAGAUUCUCAAACGCUUCGAGGGCUCGGACUCAAACACACAGGACAUUUAUGGCGUAUGCGAUUAUCCAACCUUACUUUGAUUUGCAGCAUAGUGACCGUAAGCGAAAACUAGAGGAAAAACCAACAAGGGGAAAUUCCUCCGCGCAGCGCGCCAUUGACUGUAAAGACCUUUCAACUUAACAAAAAAACUGAAGUUGACAAACGUAUCCCCUGUCGGCUGAAACUGUGAGAAAGAGUUUGUUUUUUCGGCGGAAGGGGGGAAAAGCAGAAGAAGAAGACGAUGUGGCUCACGGUGGAGCUUUCUGAGUACGUUGGUGGUUUUCUGUAAAUGAGAGAGAGAGAGAGAGAGGAGCUGUAGCGCGGCGUUUUUUUGUUUUGAUUUCCAUGUGAAAUGCAAUUAGUGCUCCGCGGUGCUCACUCUCAACUUGUUCCUCGCACAACAUGGAGCACUACCAGGAGGAUCUGGGACUCCGGGCCAGCACGUUAAUGGAGGACCUUUCCUUGUACGACGCGUAUAAAGACGGGAUGUACAACGCGAGGAGAGACUUGGUUAUAAACCCUGAUUUAGACUUUUCGGCUCCUUUAGCGGCGGAGCGUAAAAGUAAGCCGAUGAAUGGCACCUCUGUGCUCCACCAGCAGCAUCACACUGUGGAGAAUUUCACCACGGGGAAUAAAGUGUACACGGCGGCUCCGGUGCGACCUGUGAACUGCGCCCGGACCGUGCCCGUGGAUUUCUGCGCCCCUCAGAGAGACGCAGGUUACACCGAGGAGGGGGGCUGCUGCACCAAAUCCGAAGUGGCUCUACCUUGCUACACGGGCGCGUCGGAGAGGCACAGGAGGUACUCUCUGGAGGUGCAGGGCCACAGGUACAGCACCGGGUCCACCUUCGACGGGGUGCCUCUAAACAAACCGGGGGCGCCUCUGCCCGGCAACAGGUGCAACAGCGUCUGCAUCACCAGCAGCAGCCAUGACGGGAGAUACAACGCCACCAGCCCCCGGUCCAGCCUGGCGUCGUCCCUGUCCUCCCAGGAGCAGAGCAAGCACGCCAGCCCGAGGUCCAGCAUCAGCAGCCCGCGCACCAGUUUGGUUGUGCCGGGUCAGGACAGGUAUACAAGCCCCAGGUCGAGUUUGGUUCACUGCGAGGGCAACAGUGUCCUAAGUCCCAGAUCCAGCUAUGCAAGCACCGCAAGCGACACCAGUAAACACUCCAGCCCCCGGACCAGCCUCAACAGCUGCGACUGCUGCAGCAAGCCGAGCAGCAACCGGACCAGCGGCAUCAGCAUGGGCUACGACCAGAGGCACACAAGCCCCAGGUCCAGCACGGCCAGCCAGUACUCAUUCACCACCAGCCCGAGGUCAAGUUACUCUGACUCCAGGUACGGGGGCCCUGGGGGCAACCAUGACCUGGAGGGGGCGAUUUUGCACCCAGCGCCGAGUCCUCGUUCGAGCAUCUGCAGCCAAGAUGGUAGUAGCGCCAGACCGGGUACCUCUGCGAACUGCGUGGUCAGCCCCCGCUCCAGCAUCUCCAGCCACAGCUCCAGGAGUUCCCGCAGCUCCAGGGGGUCUAUGAGCACCUACCCGGACCUGCAGCAGCUGCCCUCGCCCAGGACGUCGAUGCUGGGAACCGGUUUGCACGAGGACACCUUGUUACAGGAGUUUGGAGACUCCAACGGGAUCCAGAACCGCCUCCAUCUGCAGGUUCUCUCGGCGGUGGCAGAGCCCCAGCAGCAGCAGUCGGCACAGACAGGAGGAGGGACUGCGGAGAUGACCGCUGCUGGGUCUCCCUUGUCGUUUAGCUAUGGGGUGUCUAAAGCGGCCACGUCAGGCCAGAGGUUCAAGAUACCUUACCAGGUGGUGACCCCCAGCAGGGAGAGCGGGCCGAGCCAAGCGGAGAGACGGCUGGAGGCCCUCACCCUGGAGCUGGAGAAGGAGUUAGAGAUGCACAUGAAAAAGGAGUACUUUGGUAUCUGUGUCAAAUGUGGGAAGGGAGUGUACGGAGCCAGCCAAGCCUGCCAGGCCAUGGGGAACCUGUAUCACACAAACUGCUUCACCUGCUGCUCCUGUGGGCGGAGGCUGCGAGGGAAAGCGUUCUACAACGUCAACGGGAAGGUUUACUGUGAGGAGGACUUUCUGUACUCCGGUUUCCAGCAGACAGCUGAGAAGUGUUUUGUGUGCGGUCACCUCAUCAUGGAGAUGAUCCUCCAGGCACUGGGGAAGUCGUACCAUCCUGGCUGUUUCCGCUGCGUGGUGUGUAAAGAGGGUCUAGAUGGUGUGCCUUUCACUGUGGACGUGGAGAACAACAUCUACUGUGUCAAAGACUAUCACACGGUUUUUGCUCCCAAGUGUGCCUCCUGUAACCAGCCCAUCCUUCCAGCCCAGGGCUCAGAAGAAACCAUCAGGGUCGUUUCUAUGGACAAGGACUACCAUGUGGAUUGUUACCACUGUGAGGACUGCGGUCUCCAGCUAAACGACGAAGAGGGACAUCGCUGCUAUCCACUGGAAGGCCACCUGCUCUGCCACGGCUGCCACAUCCACCGGCUCCAGGCGCAGGUCCCCGCCCACAUGCCCCCCAGCUACCCCCUACACGUCACAGAGCUGUGAGCGGGAGAGGAGGGUGGGCAGCAGCCGAGCCCAGCCUCUCUCAGGUGAUCUGAGACACCAGCGACAGAGGAGGAAAAAAGGUGUGGCCGUCUGAGCUGAACUAGCAGGCCGUGGACUAAUACACACUGUGCAGCUUCACCCGCAGGUCCUGCUGUCACAUGACAGGGCUGGGAACCCGCCCCCCCCUUCUCCUUCAUCUGUGGUCCUUUCCUCCCCCCCCCCCCUUCCCUUGGGGUGCCUAACCCUGAAAGCCAACACGCCGGCUCACCCAGAGGCCCCUGGUGACGUCACAUCGUCCUGACCCCCGCACAUUCAUCAAAGAGAGAGGGGUUUUUUUUGGGGAUCUGAAGACAGAACCGCAAACUCGUCUCUCUCUCUCUUUGCUCCUCUCUCUUCCUUUUCCUUGUUUUCCCAUUCCUGUGCUCCGACUGAAGCGGUCAAACCGUCUGAGAUCUCUGCUGAUGUUGACGUCAGGAAGGCCAAGGGAACGAGCCUCUCUACAUUCCAGUGCUGGCUGGACCGGACGGACCCUAGGGUGGGCAUGCUGUGCCUUCAGAGCGGGCUCUCUCCUUGCAGGUCCCUAACACUGAAAUGGAGUAUUGCAUUAAAGGUUAUGCAAAGGACACCCAGCAACAUGACCCCAGGGCUGUGAGAGAAACUAUUAACUGCACCACCCCGAUAAAACUGAUGCACCGUAGCAGCACGAGCCGAGAGGACCGACUGACAUUCCACUUAGGAGUCUUAGAGCAGACCUCGAGAGAUUCACAAGAAGUGUCUUAAUGAUGAUUAUACUAUGACAGAAAAAGGAACAUUUUAGAUGCACAUAGAUUGUCUUUUAUAUAUGAAUAUAUAUUUUGCAGAUGUUUUCCACAUAAGAUCAUAGAUGUAGAUUCUUGUUUUUUUUUUGUUUGUCUUGCAGUAGAUUCAGAGAUGAAGGAUGCUGCCUGUCAGCAGUCUGAAGCUUCUGAAGAUUUUUGGGUCUGUUGUAUCAUUACUCCUCCAGGACGCAAAGCCCCCCCCCCCCCCCAUGCCUGUCAGUGUGUCGCCCCCAUCAACAGGCGGUGUAGGAGCAGACCUGGCUCAAAAGCAUUUUGCCGUCAAUUGUUUCAUUUUUUUCUUGAGAACCAAAGGCUUAACGCUUCAAUCAAAUAAGUCCCUAAUGGAGAUAAUAUCCCCUUUCUCUGCAGACUGAAGACAGCUUUAACAAACACUUCUAGUCAGGCACUACUGGAUACCUUAAAUCCACCAUGUUAGGUUACACUUGGUGCAGAGAGUGUUUAGUAAACACAAAUAACAGAAAAGCAAAAGUGGAUUCAAAAAGGGCUUCAAGCAUCCAGUAAAGUGUGUCAAACAACCAAUCUGAGCCGGCUCACUUCUCCAGCACAUCGAUUUGAAAUGAAGCACUAGUUAAAACGCUACA